AUGGGGAAUCAAGAUGGGAAGCUAAAGAGAAACACAGGUGAUGUGCAAGAAGGAGAAGAUGCCUCUGGGCCCAAGGAUACUGACGGCACAAAGAAGGUAUCGGGAGGCAGAAGGGGACUGGGGAAGCAUGCAAAAGGAAGCGAAUCGGGUAAGAAGAAGGGUAAGUCGGACUCCAGGCCCUCUGUGUUUUCAAAUCUGAGGAUCAGAAAAAAUCUCUCCAAGGCUAAAGAUGGGAAUAGCAGUUCACGGGAGGAUGUUUUGGAAAGCCAGGCCUUGCAGCCUGGGGAGCUGGACAGUACUCACUCAAUUGUAACCAAAACUCCCGAUAUAAGCAUCUCUGCAGAUGAAGGGGGUCUCUCAGACACAGAUGUUGAGCAUUUUGAAAUCAGAAAUGAAACUGUUCCAGCUGCUGCAGAGACACAGGAUGGACAAAGGACCAGCUCUGGCUCUGAUACGGAUAUAUACAGUUUCCAUUCAGCCGCAGAACAAGAGGAUUUGCUUUCUGAUAUCCAGCAAGCUAUUAGACUGCAGCAGCAGCAGCAGCAGGGGGCAAUUAACAUUGGAACUGAGGACCUUGUCACCAAAACAAUGGGCCGACACAUGGCUAAUUCCCAAGCAACCCCCUUAGAUUUUGAACGCUUUUUUUCAGUAACUACCACUGACAAAGAGAGAAGCCCAGACACUGAGGGGGCUUUUCCAGCGGUAUCAGAAACUGUGGAAAACAUUCCCGUCUCCUGUGCAACUGAACGUGAACCUAAAGAAGUGGUAAAUGGCACAGGCUCUCCUGGUAACGGCGUAUUUGAAACACAAGAACGCCAGCUAUUGAUUGAGGAACAGCUCGUGGCUGGAGUGGAUGCUGUAGCCAGUGAACUACAAGAUGGUCUGAAUAGAACUGCAGUAGAAAACGGGUCUCAGACACACAGCUCCACACAGCCUUUUCCAACUUCAGCGGCAGAUGCUGAGGCUAAAAUUGCUGAAGUGCAGGCUGUUGAUUUUCAGGGUUCGGUAACAGAGGGUGAUAGCUCAGAUGCAGGCCAUGAUCAUGCUGCUGAGACUCAGGAGGGGAAACGCACUCUGCCCGCCAGUCAAGAGGAGCUGCGUAAUGGUUUAUCCACGGAAAUGAAAAAUGGCAGUUUGUCCUCUGAAGGAGCAGCAGACAGCCCGGUGCUUGGUUCCCGAUGUUUUAAACCCUAUCUAAUUAAUCCCUGUUACAUCAAAACCACAACUAGGCAACUGAGUUCUCCCAACCAUUCACCUUCCCCCUCCCCAUCCCAGAGCCCGCUUUUCACGAGGAGGCAGGAGUCCUUCCACAAAAAGGAAACAGUGUCAAUCAGGAAGAAGAGAUCUGCUAGUUUGGCAGGUUUGUUCAGUCGUUCUGCAGACUGGACAGAAGAGGUGUGUAAUCACAAAAGCGAGAUAACGGAGAAGGUGAGCUCUGCAGACUAUUUGGAGCACAAGGGGUUUAGAGAGAAAUUUCAAACGGAAAGAGUGCCUUUGACUCAUUCAAGAAAGUCCUCAGGGGUCCAGGCUUCUACAGAGACAUUUCCCAAUGUCUUUUCAGGACGAACUCUGCUGGAAAAGCUCUUCAGCCAGCAGGAAAAUGCACCACAAGAAGAAGCAGAAAAGCUGUGUUCUCGCAUUAUUGCAAUGGGUCUUCUGCUUCCAUUCACUGACUGCUUCAGAGAGCCAUGUAACCAGAGUGCCAAGCAAAGCACACCCACGUUUGAUCAAGAUCAGCUUUAUACUUGGGCUGCAGUCAGCCAACCCACACAUUCAACAGAUUACAUUGAAGGAAGCUUUCCAAGGAGAAUUCCAUCUGCGUGGCCUCCACCCAAACCUCCAGAUGAAGAACAAAGGCUCAAAAUUUCAGAAGAAGAGUUGAAAUCUACAGCCCGAGAAACAGAGAAGCAAUGCAUAAGUGGUGUUCAGCAGGAACAGGAUGGUUUUGAGGCAAAAUCUGAGGAGCGUGCCAGUGUCAUCCAGCAACUUGAGCAAACUAUAGAGGAUCUGAGGACAAAAAUUGCAGAACUAGAGAAACAGUUUCCUGCUGCAGAGGUACAGACUGCUGGGAGGGAACAGGAAAAUGAGCACGCUCGUGCAGACUCUGGGGAACUCAGCAGUGUGACUCUUCAAAGGAAUGAAGAGGAGACCACACCCAGGACUGUGUCACAGGCGAGAUCUGUACAAACGUCACCAACAGAGGAUUAUUUAACACUCACAAUGCCUUCAGCCAGUCCACUGCCACAACCACCCCCACCACCGCACUUAGAAGGGGGCAAAAGUGAAGGGCCUACUCAGAAAUUGCCAGCUCUAGAACUACAGCCCACAUUUUGUUCUGAAAUCUCCUUAAUUCUGUCACCGAAGCUAAUCUCAGUGCCACUGGAUGCAAGCCAAUCAGUACAGAGUAUACCGCAGUCACCUCUUCCAGGACCCAAAGCUGAUUUGUCCCUUGCACUUGAAGGAGGGACUGAAAUGCAAGUUUCCCAUCAGCCUCUAAGUACUGUAGAUGUAACUUGUAGUGAACAUCCCCCUUCCUUGCCCCCAGAGCCCACAUGUAGCAUUCCUCCAUCACUGCCAGCGACUGAACAGGCUGUCCCCCUGUCUGGAGCACAUGGCCAUUCCUUUGUUACUCCCAUGUCUAUGGCAGGAUUACCACUGCCACCACCCCUACCUGGUUCAGGACUCCCUUCUUCUGCUGUCUCAGCAGUGACACACCUGGACCACUCUUUCCCAGGUGCCAUGAUGUCACCUCUCCCUCCUCCUCCACAUUUGCCAACUGGCGAGAUAACGAUGCUGCCUCCUGCUCCUCCCCUCUCAUGUCCUGGAUUCCCUCCACCACCUCUUCCACCACCUUUGCCUGGAGCAGCAGUUUCAUCUCCUCUGCCUGGCUGGGGUAUCCCGCCUCCCCCUCCACCACCACCUUUACCUGGAGCUGGCGUCCCUCCUCCACCUCCUCCUCCUCCUCUGCCCGGCUUGGGAUUGCCACCCCCAGCACCACCACUUCCUGGAGCAGGGGUGCCACCGCCUCCCCCACCUCUGCCUGGAGGGGGCAUUCCACCCCCUCCUCCACCACCACCACCCCUGCCUGGUGUGGGUGUUCCCCCUCCACCUCCUCUGCCUGGUGUGGGUGUUCCCCCUCCACCACCUCUGCCUGGUGUGGGUGUUCCCCCUCCACCACCUCUGCCUGGUGUGGGUGUGCCCCCUCCACCACCUCUGCCUGGUGUGGGUGUGCCCCCUCCACCACCUCUGCCUGGUGUGGGUGUGCCCCCUCCACCUCCUCUGCCUGGUGUGGGUGUGCCCCCUCCACCACCUCUGCCUGGUGUGGGUGUGCCCCCUCCACCUCCUCUGCCUGGUGUGGGUGUUCCCCCUCCACCACCUCUGCCUGGUGUGGAUGUUCCCCCUCCACCACCUCUGCCUGGUGUGGGUGUUCCCCCUCCACCACCUCUGCCUGGUCUGGGUGUGCCCCCUCCACCUCCUCUGCCUGGUGCUGGUGUCCCCCCACCACCCCCUCCUUUGCCAGGGUUGGGGAUGCCUCCUCCUGCCCCACCACCAUUGCCUGGAAGUGCACCACCCCUUCCAGCACCAGUUCAGGGUGGCAGCUACCCAGCAGUCCCACAGGGUUUUCUUCCUCCUCCGUUACCAUCUGGUUUGUUUGCAAUGGGAAUGAAUCAGGAGAAAGGGAGCAGGAAACAUGUGAUAGAGCCUUCUCGGCCAAUGAAGCCUCUUUACUGGACAAGAAUUCAGCUCCACAGUAAAAGAGAUUCUAGUGCUUCACUUGUGUGGGAAAAAAUUGAAGAGCCUUCCAUAGAUUAUCAUGAGUUUGAAGAACUGUUUUCUAAAACAGCUGUUAAAGAGAGGAAGAAACCCAUUUCGGACACCAUUACAAAAACAAAGACUAAACAAGUUGUCAAGUUGUUAAGUAACAAAAGAUCUCAAGCUGUUGGAAUAUUAAUGUCUAGCCUUCAUUUAGACAUGAAGGAUAUUCAACAUGCUGUGGUGAACUUGGACAACUCUGUGGUUGACCUAGAGACGCUGCAAGCCCUGUAUGAGAAUAGAGCACAAUCAGAUGAACUAGAAAAAAUAGAAAAGCAUAGCAAGGCAUCCAAGGAAAAGGAAAAUGCCAAGUCUUUGGAUAAGCCAGAACAGUUCCUCUAUGAACUCUCACUGAUUCCCAACUUUUCAGAACGUGUGUUUUGCAUCCUGUUCCAGUCAACAUUUUCAGAAAGCAUUGGUUCAAUCCGUCGCAAACUUGAAUUGUUACAGAAACUGUGUGAGACAUUGAAGAAUGAAUCAGGAGUUAUGCGGGUUCUGGGUUUGGUCCUUGCCUUUGGAAAUUACAUGAAUGGUGGAAACAGGACACGAGGACAGGCUGAUGGAUUUGGACUAGAUAUCCUGCCAAAACUGAAAGAUGUAAAGAGCAGUGACAACACCAGAAGUCUUCUGUCAUACAUUGUCUCGUAUUAUUUGCGUAAUUUUGAUGAGGAUGCUGGAAGAGAACAAUGCAUCUUUCCUCUUCCGGAUCCACAAGAUCUCUUCCAGGCUUCACAACUGAAGUUUGAUGAUUUUCAAAAAGAUCUCCGCAAAAUGAAGAAAGAUUUGCGAGCAUGUGAGACAGAAGCAGCAAAAGUUUAUCAGCUAUCACUAGAAGAGCACCUACAGCCCUUCAAAGACAACAUGGAGCAAUUCAUUAGUCAAGCCAAAAUAGACCAAGAGAAUGAAGAGAAGUCCCUGACAGAAGCACAUAAAAGCUUUUUGGAAACUACAGCCUAUUUCUGUAUGAAACCAAAAAUGGGCGAGAAGGAGGUGUCCCCACAUUCUUUCUUCAGUAUUUGGCAUGAAUUCAGUUCUGACUUCAAAGACUUCUGGAAGAAGGAAAACAAACUUAUUCUUCAAGAAAGAGUCAAAGAAGCAGAGGAAGUCUGCAGGCAGAAAAAGGGGAAGUCGCUAUACAAUAUUAGACCAAAACAUGACUCUGGAAUUAAAGCAAAGAUAAGUAUGAAAAUCUGAGAGAAGAAAUUCAAAUUGUUACCUGGUUACCAAAACUCAACAAUGCCUGUGGGUGGGGAGUGAGAGGGAAGGAAACUACAUCAUCCUGAUCAUUUGCUUCCUUGACCUUUUAAAAUUUGCGUUUUGUUCUCUAGAGUUUUCCACCAACUGCUGUGUUCUUGUACAUUCAUUCACGAAUGUAAUCACUUUAAUGGGGUGCCCAGAAAUAGACUAGGUAAUGGACUUGAAACACCUUCCCUGUACUCUGUAUCUCCUUUGCCACUCAAAAAUGGUAUUUUUAAACUGUAUGGUAUAUUACAAAUAGGACAAGUCAGCAUGCAUAAAAAGUGGCACCUGCAUCAGUUCUGAACAUGCUGAAAAUUGCAUUAAGUUGAACUUCAUAAGAAUGCUACUUGGUACAGUAAAACAUUUCCAUUCCUACUGGCAACAUCUAACACAAAUACUUCAUGGCACUGCACUUAGAUUAGGGAAAGAAAUGUUACUCCUAGUGAAUUGUUUGUAUCUAUUUCAUGUUGGCAUUUGUAGUUUGUAUUUUGAAUCGUUAAGUGCUGUUUAUACAGUAUAAUCAAUGCUUUCCCAACUUGUUUGGUUGCCCUCCAUGACUAAAUAUUUGUGGAACAAGAUGUUUACUGUAACUAUCUUUAAAAUCGAUAAGGCAGCAUACUUUUACUUCAUCUUUUGCCAGAUAGUGAAUGCCAGGUGGUAUGGGGGUCAGAAAUCCAGCAUUAUAAAAAAAAAAAAAAAAAAAAAAAAAAAAAAAAAAAAAAAAAAAAAAAAGGAAAAAAAAGUGAAAAUACAGGAAAAUACAGAAAAGCACAGAAGUAUGAUAGAGAGUAUGAGAGAUUUGCCUAUUAUAGUUUGUUAAUAUAUAAAGCAGCUAAUACUUUUACAUGAACUUUAGAAGGUAUAGUAUAGUUUUAACUGCUGAUCACUUAAGUCAGUCAGGCUUUUGGCCACGUGUACAUGACUUCCCUUCUGGAAUUAGCUUUACAGUUAAUUUAAAACUCCUUUAGAGAGCCAUUAAAAGAUGCACAUGGAGACAACAUUUAUGGAAAACAGUAGCCAAUUCUAGUGACAGAACAUAGACUACCAACUAAUUGACAUCAAUUUCACACUUAACAGAAUUACAGACAUUUCCUCCAGGCUUUAAGUGUCCCUAACUAGGAGGUUAAUGAUUGAAAUAUAUGACUUAGGGUUUCCAUUUUAGACCACAUGCUUACUUCCUAUUUGCAAUCCAGAAUUCGCUGUAUCAGUUUUGGACUGCUCAACUGAUACCUCCUUCCUCCAGUCCUUAAUUUAGAGCCCCAAACGAAUCAGCUUGAUAACGUUUUUUUUCAAAGCUAAUUUUUCCUGAAAGCAGACUGUGUGUGCAACUCAGUUUGGGUGCACGUGCUCAUAGCUUUGGAGACUGAAAGACACUGGGAUAAAGUGAAUGAGCUCUAACCUGCUGGGCUGCGUUAUUCCCUGUCUAAUCUAGCACAUCAAGAGACAUUCCGAGCUGUUCAGAGGCUAAUGUACUCUACAGGGUGUCAUAAAAGGAAGGACAAAAAUAUGACCUCAGGAAUCUGUUAUUUUUCACAUAUACCAAGCACUAGAAAAGAUGGUUUUUUUCACUGUGUGAAAAGCAAGUCUCCUGUUGCUAAUAAACCUAUGUGAAAAUCUGUACUAGUAGUAAUUUCUGGCAGGGAUAUAAAUUACGAAGAAUGGAAUUCUAAAAUUUUGUGUUGAUGGGAGUAACAUUACUAUUUGGGGAAGAGAAAAUAAGAGAUUAUUUGCUGUUACAACUAACUUAUGGAGAAAAAAGAACUUUAAAGAGUAAAGCUAUUUUAAUGGCACUGAUUCAAAUCCAUGUUUGUAUUUAUGUAAACAAUAGUCUUUUCCUCCUUUGCUCCUAAGUGCAAGGAUACAGUAGCAUGUUUUCAUUUGUAGCUUUCCUGUUCUCUUCAGUACCUACAGUAUGUAUAUUACUAUACUAAAUGAAAUAAUAGAUCAUCUAACAAAGAUCACUAUGUGCAAUACUGUAUUUAGUGUUUCUAUUCCAAUUUUUUUAGAAUGUUAAUUUAUAAGAAAAUAAAAGGAAUAAUA